UGUUAAGACUUGCCGUGUCAGACUCGCCUUUUUAAUAAACAAUAAUUUCUCUCACUCGAGUAAGGAGGACAGAGGACUUUACAUGUCAUCACUAAGACGGAUGUAAAUAAGCACAUUUCUACUGGGUCAGAUAUCUGCCAAAUUGUGGUGCAGGAAUUUGCUACAUCAACCUGUACAUUCCAUGGGUAGCAAGAGUGCCCUGUUUCCAGCCAUGGCCAAUGCAGCGGACUCUCAGCAACAGGCGGUCCUGGAAAAACUGAAGAUGCCCUUCUCUCGUGCAAUGAUUGGAAACUUUUUCCAGGAAAGGCCAAAAUUGGGGAACCAGUUUCUCGAGGAUGUCAUGCUCCAAAGCUAUCUGAAGAGGCAUCUUCCUCCAGUGGUGUUGGAGGAAGUUAGUCAAGAUCUUGAUCGUUUUAGCCAACGUUUAGUGAAGGAAAUUGAUGCAUUGGGACGUGAUUGUGAACUGAAUCCCCCAAAGCUGCAGCAGUAUGAUGCUUGGGGUCGAAGGGUGGAUGAUAUUGUUACUUGUUCGGCCUGGAAAAGAAUGAAAAAUAUCUCAGCAGAAGAAGGCCUUAUAGCUGAAGCCUAUGAAAGAAAAUACUCCAGCUGGAGUCGCCUCGUUCAAGUUGUCAAACUCUAUUUGUAUUAUCCAUCCUCUGGUUUCUUCAGCAGCUCACUAGCUAUGACGGAUGGAGCAGCAAAGGUCAUAGAGUCUCUUGGGAUCCCAACCCCUCUACAGAAUGCCUUUAGACAUUUGACAUCUCGCAACCCCAAUUAUUUCUGGACAUCGGGACAAUGGAUGACAGAGCGCAGAGGUGGAUCAGAUGUGGCAGAGGGAACAGAGACGGUGGCACGCCUACAGGAAGAUGGCACACAUACUCUACAUGGGUAUAAGUGGUUCACAACAGCUACUGAUUCAGAUAUGACCUUGACUUUAGGCAGAACGAUCGAUGAGCAUGGUAACACGGUGCAGGGCACUAGAGGGCUGGCUCUGUUUUAUCUGGAGCUCCGCGAUGCUGAGGGUAAACUGAAUGGAAUAGAGGUACAAAGGCUUAAAGAUAAGCUGGGUACUCGACAGGUACCAACAGCCGAGCUGCUCUUGGAUGGUGCGAAGUCUUUAAUGAUUUCCCCUGAAGGAAGGGGCGUCGCUUCAAUUUCCAACAUGUUGACCAUUACCCGCAUACACAAUACGAUUGGUGCAGCAGGUGGCAUGAGGAGGGUGAUUAAUCUAGGAAGGGAGUAUGCAGCCAAGCGAUUUGCAUUUGGAAAACUGUUACAGGACCACCCCCUACACAUACAGACCAUAGCACGCAUGGAGGUGGAAGCUCGAGGGGCUUUUCUCCUACUGAUGGAAACUGCUCGUUUGUUGGGUCUGGAAGAAACAAAUCUGGCAACAGAGCAGGAUCAGCAUCUCCUUCGUCUGCUUACACCUGUUGCCAAACUGUACACCGGGAAACAGGCUCUUGCAGUCAUUUCAGAAGGACUCGAGAGCUUCGGUGGACAGGGCUACAUGGAAGACACAGGCUUGCCUGCAUUACUAAGAGAUGCUCAGGUAUUGACCAUCUGGGAAGGUACCACCAACAUCUUGUCCCUAGAUGUCCUGCGCUCUGUCAUUAAGAGUCAAGGACAAGUUUUGACAGCCUUCUUCUCUGCCACAGAAGAUAAGCUACAAGCCGCAUUAGAAGUACCUGACCUUACCAAGUCUGCAAACGUCACCCUGCAGGCACUACAGCAACUUAAAGAAUUUACAAAGAAUGCAGGACUGAAAGGAGGUAGCUACAUGGAGCUAUCUGCCCGAGACUUUUCUUACAGUCUCGCAAAGAUCUACAUUGGUUCACUAUUGUUGGAACAUGCUGCUUGGCCGGGAGCGUCUGAUACAGAUAAAUACUGUGCACAAAGAUGGAGUCAACAAGAUCUGUGCCCUGUCUAUAAAGCUGAAGCCUCAGGAAGCUACAACUCUGAAGCCCAAGUGCUGGAUAAACAGCUGGUAUAUGAAAGAAGCCCUCUUACUAAAGGAAAGUUAUAGGAUUGCCAGUGGGUUUCUUUCCAUGUUUAGCAUCCUAAUAAGUACAGAUGAGGCAAACUCUUUUUUAACGAUUUUCUUGGCAAUGCACUUGGGUUUUAUUUUCUAAAACAUGAAUUGCUACUUGAAAAGGAAAAUACAUUUUAGACUAAUACCUGAGGUAGAAAAACAGCUGUAUUGGAGAGUAUUUCUGUUUGUCUUGUUUUGCAUAAAAUGUGCAAUGUAGUUAACAUGGUUCAAAUACACGUGGGUUUAUUAUCAUAAUGUUUUAUCACUGUGAAAUUAGCACAAUUAGCCAUGCCACGUGCCUUAAAAGCAAAUGUAAUUAUAGUGUAGUAUAGUAUCAGGGCCAGAUUAAGAGCCCAGUGGGCCUGGUGCUGACAAUUAUGAUGGGGCCUAAUUACAGAAUCUUAUCGACCAAAAACACUAGAACACUCAUACCUCUCAAGCGUCUGAGUUGGUGUUGGAGGGAAACUGAAG